AUGGCUAUUAAGAAACGCCUUUUCAAGAUCUUUGAAGAGUCAAGUUUCUGCUUAAGAAAUCGAUACCUAGCCAAAAACCAUAUCCUUUCUAAACCCCAAGGCUUACGUUUUGACAUCAACUACAAAAUUCAAAGCGAUAGCAUCAUCAGAAUCCCAGGUGGAAUUUCACUGACAGCUGGAAGUGUAUUUGAAACCGAAGUAUUCUUAAAAGGAAACAUUAUAAUGUACAAAAACGGCGCCCUUCAUACCUAUUUAGACGAAAUCAAUCCUCUAUUUCCUCGUUUCCGUCCUUCGCCCAAUGAUAUUUUGAACCAAAGCGUUUUAGAAAAGCUAGAGGACGAGAACAUCCAUAUAACUGAGGAUAUGGUCACUUGGGAAUUUGACCAUAUUAAAUACAAGCUUACUUUUAAUCCGCUUAGACUAGAAGGGUUCUAUAAAGAUGAAUUGAUAAUUGCCGCUAAUAGUAAAUCUUUGAUGAAUUUUGAAAAAUAUAGGCCGAAAGGCGAUGAGAAUAAUAUUAACGAGGUGGACGUAAACUUUCCAAUAAAAAUUAUUGACGCAACUCAGCUUAUUGAAGAAGGAGAAGGAGGAUAUAAAAAUAUUGGAAAUAUAUGAUCUGAAGAAUACUUAGAUUAUAUUGAUGAAAAACCAAGAGGUCCUAGCAGUGUAGCUUUAGAUUUUGAAUUUUUCAAUGCAAGCCAUGUCUAUGGAAUUCCAGAGCAUGCAGAUUCAUUAGCCUUGAAUGACACAAAAGAAGGAUCUCCUUAUAGACUUUUCAAUUGUGAUAAUUUUUCUUAUAAAUUAGGAGACACCGCAGCUAUAUAUGGAGCCGUCCCAUUUAUGGUAAGCCGUUCUCCAGCUUUAAAAUCAGCUGGUGUUUUUUGGCUAAACUCCUCAGAAACUUGGAUUGAUAUCGAAACCCUCCCACAAAGCAAGCAUUCCCAUUGGAUUUCUGAAGCUGGCGCUCUAGAAUUCUUCUUAUUUGUCGGAAAUUCCCCACUUUCAGUAAUAGAAACUUAUACCUUGCUUACAGGGCCAGCCCAACUGCCUCCGUUAUCAGUUUUAGGCUACCAUCAAUGUAGAUGGAACUACAAUACGCGUGAAGAUUUACUAGAAGUUUCCAAUGGCUUUUUGACAAAUUCAAUACCACUUGACGUAGUUUGGCUCGAUAUAGAGCAUACUGAUAAGAAAAAAUAUUUCACAUGGGACGAUGAGAAAUUCCCUGACCCAACUUCUAUGCAAGAAAUUUUAGCGAAACAAGGCCGAAAUCUAGUCACCAUAGUAGAUCCGCACAUAAAAAGAGACCCUGACUAUUUUGUGCAUCAGGAUUCAGAAAAUCACAACUACUAUGUAGCAAAUAAUGAAGGAAACAGCUUUGAAGGAGUCUGCUGGCCAGGAAUUUCAUCAUGACUUGACUUCACUAGGCCAGAAGUAAGGGAAUAUUGGUCUUCUAAUUUCGAUUACUCAAAAUACCAAAACUCCACUAAUAAUUUGUAUAUAUGGAACGACAUGAACGAGCCUUCUGUUUUUAACUCUCCAGAAGGGACCAUGCCAAGAGGCAAUUUACAUGGGAAUUAUGAGCAUAGAGAAGUCCAUAAUACCUAUGGAAUGUAUAUGCAGCAGGCUUCAUAUCAAGGACUGUUAAAAAGAAGCCAAAAAAAAGAAAGGCCGUUUGUACUUACUAGGUCUUUUUUUGCGGGGACGCAGAAAUAUGGAGCUAUAUGGACUGGGGAUAAUGCUGCGGAAUGGAGCUAUUUGGAGUACUCUGUGCCUAUGCAUUUGGCUAUUGCGAUAGGCGGGAUAAGCUUCUGUGGGUCUGAUGUAGGUGGCUUUUUUGGAGACCCUACUCCAGAAUUAUUGGUGAGAUGGUACCAAUUAGGAGCUUAUUAUCCAUUUUUUAGAGGGCAUGCACAUAUUGAGUCUGAAAGAAGAGAACCUUGGCUAUUUGGCGAAGAAGCUUUAAGAAAAAUAAGGGCUGCUAUUAGAGAAAGAUAUGCUUUAUUGCCUUAUUGGUAUGGACUGUUCUAUAUUUAUAGAACCUGUGGAACACCUGUGAUUAGACCUAUGUUUUUAGAAUACCCAGAGAUAGAGGAAUGUGCUAGUUUAGAUCGACAAUAUUUGGUAGGGAGCUCAUUAUUGGUGGCAGGGAUUACGAAAGAAUUGCAAGAACAUGUAGACGUAUUUUUGCCUCAGGGCAGGUGGUUUGAUUAUCAUACUUUAUUAGAAAUAAAUGCUGGGCAGCAGAGUUUUCAAGUCCAAGAAGACUGAAUCCCUGUGCUUAUCAAAGGUGGAAGCAUAAUUCCUAGAAAAAAUACCCCAAGAAUGAGCUCAAAAGAAAUGCUGGCAGAUCCUUAUAGCUUUUUAAUUGCUAUUGACUCAAAUGACUCAGCACAAGGAUUUUUAUAUGCUGACGACACUAUUUCUCACAACUAUAUGUCUGGCGAAUACAUUUUGGCUGAUAUUCAGCUUAAUGAUUUUAAGCUCAGCUACAAUCUUACAAACACAAUGGAAUUAGAAAAUAACAUUGACGAAAUUAUGAUUAUUGGGCUUUCAAGAAUCCCUAAUGAAAUGAUAUUAGACAUAAAAGGCCAAAAGAAGCCAAUUGAUUUUGGUGUUAGGAAUAAUAUGAUAGUUAUCAAUAUAUCUGAUAUUACUAUCAGUCAGAAUUGGACUAUUGAAUUUAAAUAA